AUGAAUAUUAAAAUAGUAUAUAACACCAAAACCCACAAAAUAGCCCCAAAACUUCAAACUCUAGAAGAAAUCAAAAAAGCAAUAUUAACCCUCUAUCCAAAACAAUUAGCUGACGGAUUUGAACUAUAUGUAACAUUGCAUCCCUGUAAUUUUUUAAAAUAUUUAAUAGAAAUGGAUCCUUUUAAAAUUUUAGAUGAUUCAUGUUUUUUAAGAAUUCAAGAGUUAUAUCAUCAAUUGAACUGGAAGUCAAUAAAAUUUUUAGUUAAGGAUUUAAUAAGUCCGAAUCUAACAAAUGAGGAUCUAUAGAUACUAAAUUAGAGUGUGAUUGUUCAAUCAACUGUAUAAUUAUCUACAUUCAAUAAUCUCUUGUAAUAAAAACCACAACCUAAACAAGAAGUAAUCGAAACUAAGAAAUAAAUCAUGAUAGCUGAUGAGAAAAAACCUGAAAUCUUUUUAGCUGAAUAGUAUUUUCUAUUCUAUUUUAAAAAUUAGAAUUAUCAAAGAAUUACAGAAAUAAGAAUUUUAAGAGUUGGAUUACGAAUCAGAGGAAUUUAAAUAAUUUAUUAUAGAUUAAAUUGAUGAAAGAUUAAAACAUUAUGGAAUAAUUGAGAACUAGAAUAAACCCAAAAUACCAGAAUAUUAAAUGUCAUUAUAAACUAGAAACCUUAAAAUAACCUAAUUUGUAAAUCAACAAUUUUAGUUCUAAGUUUAAAUAAUGAAUACUGGCAAUGCCAUUUGGAGAAAAAAGUUUGUAGAACUUGUAGGAGUUAGCGGGUACUAUAAAAAUAUUUUAGUUGAUGUAAAUCAUUAAACUAUUUAUAGUUAUAAUAAGAUACUGCUCCAGGACAAAUAGCUACAUUUAGUUGGAAUGCUUUUAUGCCUUCAUAUCCAAUUUAGAAUAUGCAAAAUGAGUUUUAAGUAAUGUUAUACAGAUUAUCAGAAUAGUUGGCUUAUAUUGAGGGAAAUUAACGAGGGUUCUUUGGUGAGAAAAUAUAAAUCGAAUUCACAUCCGUAUAAAAUGCUGCGUAUUAGCCAUUUGUGAAGAAUAUUGAUUAGAAUAAGGUAUAGUAGCUGAUGGAAAAUGCAGAAAUUCCAAGAGAGAAAGCUAUUGAAUUUAUUCAGUUUUAUGGAGCGGAUUCUUAAAUAGAGGAAAUUAUUAUGGCUUAUUUUGACUAACCUAAAUGA